UUGACCCCAAAACCGUGUAGGGAAGGGAACUGGGUGCUCGCCGGAUCUCUUUUACAGUUUUCGCCGUCCCCGAUUUCCUGAUCUGUUACCGCCAAACUAAAACACAAAUACCCAAAUCUCCCGCCCUUCAACAAACUUUCAAAAAUUCUUCAUUAAUUUACCAGUUUCCAUUCUCUUUUCUCCAUUUUCUCUUCGAAUUUUCCUCCUUUGAGUUCCGAAUUUUGCUUCGUUUCUUCUACUUUCGUCUCGUUUGCUUGCAUGGCGGCUCCCUCGCCGUCCGUUAGCAACAACAGCUCCGACACCGCCACCACUACUACCACCACCGCUAGCGCUGUCACGGCUAACGUUGCGGUUUCCUCCAACCACUUGGCGAACCGUACUGGAACGCCGCCGAAGACCCUUCGCGGCCUCAACAAGCCCAAAUGUAGGGUUUGUGGCAAUGUUGCUCGUUCCAGGUGUCCUUAUGAAUCAUGCAAGAGCUGCUGUGCGAGAAAUCAAAACCCAUGCCAUAUUCACGUGUUAAAAGCAAAUGCAACUUUUCCGGACAAAACACCUUCAUCUAGCUCUCCUCUAUUUGACAAGCAAUCAGCAGAUCCAUCAUCUGGGAGUUCGCUUAGAGUAAAUUCACUUCGAUAUCUUUCAAGCAACUUUUCUCAAUUCAACAAUGUGCAAAUCCCACUCCGUUCACGGAAGCCAUUGACUAGAAAGGAUGCCGCUGCAAUCAAUGAAUGGAGGUUUUCUAAGUUAAGGGAAUUUCGGGAGGGGCAUAUUGAAGCAGAAAAUGAAGCUUUUGAUCGAUACAUGCAGAAUGUUAAUCUAUUGGAGGAGAUAUUUUCCAUGAAAUCUAUGAUUGAUGAGUCUGCCAAGGAUGGGCCCUCUAUAAACUCCGCUGCAGAAUCCAACCCUGAGGAAAUGAUACCUGGAUUGAUGUUGAAGUUAGGAUCAAAUCCAGUUACAUCAGAAAACUCUAGAAAGAGAAUACGAAAAAUUGUUGAAGAUGGACUAAGGAAACUUCAAAAAGUCGAGGCUACUGAUAGCAUCAAUGAGGUCACCGACCGAGCUGAACCUGUUAAGGUUGCUGACCAAACGAAUGCUAAUGAUGGGUGCAAAACGGAAAAAGGUUGGCAUGCCAAAAAAGCUCAAGCUUUAGGUAAUCUCAUUGACAAGCUAAACAAAGCCAGGAAUGAGGAGGAUUUAAAAUCUUGCUUGGCUGUGAAACAUCAGCUUUUCCACAAGGACAUAACAUCCAGUCAAACAGAAUCUGAAGAGACUGGCACGUCCAAGGAGCAAGUUACAAAGAAAGAUUUAGACUCGAGGAGAGAAUUGGGUUAUUCAUUGCCAAAGUUGAUUAAUAAAACUAAUAUUGAUCAAGAAACUCUGAACCGAAUUGAGGCUCACUUUUCUUCUCUCGAGCAGAUAGACAAUCUAUGAUUUAAUGCAGAUUUUGUUUUAUUUAUCGACGGUAGGUUAAAGGCCGCAAACAUGAUGCUGUUAUGCCCGUAUGUAAUUUAUUCUCUCAACGGCCGUUGAUGAUUAUAUGGUAAUAGCAUUGAAUGUGCAUUAUCUUUCCACAAUUUCCACCU